AUGCUUGCGCGCGCGCCUGCUGCUGAUGUGUAUCCCUGUUGCUGCCUGGGCCAAUUGGCAAGGCGAGCGACGAUGAAAAAGCGGCAGGCCUGGCCCAUUUGCGGUCUUCAUUUAUGUUUUUUUGCCUCGCUAGUAUGUUCUAAUACAUUGUUCCUGUCGCCCCCUAUUUAUUUGUCGGAGAUAGAGCAGGCAAUAGGAAUAAAGAGCAUGCUAGCCUUUUGUCAGCAAUUCAAAUCCAAAGCAAAACUCAUCACGCACGAGCACGUCACCCUUGCUCGCUCGCUCGCUCGCUCGCUGACGAGGCGCUACUAUGCGUACAUCGCGCCACCCAUCGAUGAUCGCAUCGUUCAGCACAUCGUCGUCGUCGCGCAGUUCCUCGUGUUCGGCGUCGGGGCCACGGAGGCGGCGGCAUUCAGAGACGCCGAACUCUCGCUUUUCCAACUGGCCACCGAGCAGCCGCUGCCUGAUCCCGUGUCGCUCCAUGAGGCGAUGGAAGCUGUUCGGACGGGGCUGGGUGUUGAGGAUCCUGGCAGGUUUAGGUUCUGCAAGCCAACUAGACACGCACCCCACCGCCUCGGCAGAAAAUAUAAACGUUUCGCCGCCCAGUCCCACGUAAAGCCGCCAACACCACUACCAACGCCAACGCCCUUUCUGCUGUCCGCCUCCAACCCUAACGCCAACAUCUCAAUUGACAACAGGUGCCUGGCGUUCAUCCAACCACGCAUGACCGCACCACCGUAG